AUGGGUCUGUUACCGCCGCCUUCAUUUUCCCCUUUUCUGUUCAUGUUUUUUGUUCUUCUCUUGCUUGUGGGUUCAGUACCCGACUCUGUGCACUACGGGAACGAGACCAACCGACUAGCCUUACUAGCAUUCAAGGCCAAGAUCACCGGCAAUCCCCUCGGGAUACUAAGCUCUUGGAAUGGAUCCGUCCACUUUUGUCAAUGGAUUGGUGUAACAUGUGGCCGUCGACACCAGAGGGUCACAAGGUUAAUCCUUGAUGAUGCAAAACUAACAGGGUCCAUUUCGCCCCACAUUGGAAAUUUAAGUUUCCUUAUGAGGUUAAGCUUGAAAAACAAUAGCUUGAGUCAUAACAUCCCCCAACAAAUCAGCAACUUACGUAGACUGAAAAUCAUGUCACUGUAUAAUAAUUUAGUUACCGGCGAAAUUCCAACCAAUCUCUCUCGCUGCUCUAAUCUUGUUGUCCUUGAGUUUAGUGCAAACAAGCUAACUGGAAAAAUUCCAACGGAGCUUGGUCGCCUAUCUAAACUCAAGCGAUUGUAUGUUGGAAAAAACAAUCUAACAGGAGGCCGAUUGACAAACUUGGAAAUUUUUGCGUUAGCGGUGAACAGGUUCGUCGGUACAAUCCCUUCCUCGUUAUUUAAUAUCUCUUCCAUUACGGUUUUCGACAUCGGAGUGAACCAAAUCCAAGGGAUUCUUCCCUCGAACCUAGGAACUUCACUUCCUAAUCUCAAGUUCCUUGGAGUUUCGAACAACUUGUUGACUGGAUCCAUUCCUAGUUCAAUAUCUAAUGCCACCAAUCUAUAUUACCUUGGGCUGCGAAGCAACAACCUUAGUGGGAAAAUGCCUUCUUUGGAUAAGCUGCGUAAUCUUGAGCGGUUAAUUGCUAGUUCUAAUCAUCUAGGAACAGGGGAAGCGGAUGACUUGAGUUUUCUCUCCUCUUUGAUCAAUGCCACCGAGUUGGAUGCAUUGGAGCUGAGCAACAACGGUUUUGGAGGCGUGUUUCCUGAAGCAAUUACUAAUUUCUCCAUUCGUCUUAGUUUCGUAAACUUGAGGGAUAAUAAGCUGUAUGGGAGCAUCCCAAGAGGGAUCGGGAAUCUGGUAAAUUUGCAGCUACUUGGAACACAGAACAACCAUUUGACAGGUAACAUCCCUGCUGAUUUUGGGAAGCUUCAAGACCUGCAUAUAUUGUCUCUCGGAGGUAAUAGAUUCUAUGGUGACAUCCCAUCCUCUUUCGGAAACUUAUCCUUGUUACUAGCUCUAGAUCUAUCCGAAAAUAAUCUUCAGGGAAGCAUCCCGUCGAAUUUAAGCAAAUGUCAGAUGUUGCUGGAGCUUACGCUCGCCAAAAACAGUCUUAGUGGCACCAUACCCAAAGGAGUUGUUACUCUCUCAUCAUUGUUUUAUCUAGACCUAUCUCAUAACAACUUGACUGGUGUCAUCCCCAUGGAAAUCGGGGUUUUAAAAAAUCUUGAAACACUAAAUGUUUCUGAGAAUAUGUUGGUUGGUAAUAUUCCAAGCAGCCUUGGUAGUUGUGUGAAAUUGGCAUCUCUUAAUUUAAAGGGCAACAAGUUUUGGGGAGUCCUUCCAUCAACUUUGAGCCAAUUGAGAGGCUUGGAGGAUCUAGACAUUUCUAUGAAUGAUUUCUCGGGAAAAAUCCCAGACUAUUUAGAGGGCUUUCAUUUCUUACAAAAACUAAAUAUAUCAUUCAAUGAUUUUGAUGGAGAAGUACCAAAACAAGGCAUAUUUACGAUUGAGGCAGCUAUUUCUAUUGAGGGAAACAAGAAGCUUUGUGGUGGUAUACCUGAUUUAAAACUACGCAAUUGCCAAUCCAAGGGAUUUGCAAGGAAGAAAUUUACUCACGUCGUGAAGUUGGUACUCCCAUCGUCCUUUGGGCUUGUAUGUUCACUUUUAAUGAUAUAUUUCGUGUAUCUUCGUUGGUUUAAAAAGAAAAUAGAGGUACGAUCUUUCAGCUUUUUUGGCCACUCGUUUCCUAUGUUGUCUUACCGGAGUCUAUUAAAAGCGACCAAUGGGUUCUCUUCAACCAAUCUAAUCGGCAUGGGUAGUUUUGGUUCGGUGUACAAAGGAAUUCUUGAUCUUGAUCAAGGUGAAAAACUAGUCGCUGUGAAGGUAUUAAACCUUCAGUCCCGGGGAGCUGCCAAGAGCUUCAUUGCCGAGUGUAUGGCCUUAAGGAGCAUCAGACAUCGGAAUCUUGUACAUAUCCUCACCGUAUGUUCAAGUGUUGACUAUAAGGGUGACGAGUUCAAGGCUCUGGUUUAUGAUUUCAUGGUCAAUGGGAGUCUAGAGGAGUGGUUGCAUCCAAAUGAGAAAGAAGAUGAUGCACACAACAAGUCACAGAGUUUAAACCUUCUAAAGAGGUUAAAUAUUGUGUUUGAUGUUGCUUCUGCACUUUUUUAUCUUCACCGCCAUUGCUCAGAACCAAUAGUUCACUGUGACUUGAAACCGAGCAACGUUCUUCUUGAUGAUGAAAUGGUUGGACAUGUAAGCGAUUUUGGGUUAGCAAGAUUCCAUGUAGAUGCGACAUGUAUUGCUUCUGCAAAUCAAUCAAGUUCUAUUGGCUUACGUGGGUCAUCCGGUUAUGCAGCUCCAGAGUAUGGCAUGGGAAAUGAAGUAUCAACGUCGGGUGAUAUGUAUAGUUUCGGUAUUCUCUUAUUGGAGAUGUUCACAGGGAAGAGACCGACAGAUGCCAUUUUUGAGGGUAGUCUGACUCUCCACAACUUUGUUGAGAUGGCUAUGGCUGAACAAGUAGCAAACAUUGCUGAUCCAACAUUGUUUCAACAAGUAGUAAUGGGAGAGAACAACUCAAGCAUCAACAGCUCUCAAAAUCAAAGCCCAGCUAGCAUUCACGAAGUUCAGGAGUGUUUGACUUCAAUUCUUAAAGUGGGAAUAGCUUGUUCAGAAGAACUACCAAGAGAUCGACCGGAUAUCAAAGAAAUCGUUACUCAGUUGCAUGUCAUCAAGAACACUCUUCUCGGGGUUGGAGUACACGGAGGAAUGAGAGCUAGUAUUGCAGCUUGAUCAUGUGCAGGUGCUUAAGGUUUGGUGGGUCUUGAAGGUAUCUGUCGAGACUACAACUUGGUGAUGCUGCAUAUUGCUUUGGAUACGCAUUACGCAUGCUAGCUAGUUUGUUGUUCAAUUUCUGCACUUUUUUUUCCAAGUUUAUGUUCCACUUGUGUUUUUAGUUUGUUUCAAGCAUGAGAAUUUUCUCAUUUAAAUGUACUAUAAGACCUACAUGCAUGUUAAGUGGGACUUCAAUAGCAUAUAUGAGCAAAAUGUAAUUGUUUCUUGUCA